AUGAAAAAGGUAGUAAAAUACUUCUUACCAAGAAAUUAUAAAAUUACAUUAAAUCAGUUUGGAUUUGAUUUUUACAAUUAUAAUACUCCAGCAACUGGUCUAGACUACCCCAGUAAGAUUUUGCGUGAUUCUCCUUUACCUGAAACAAAGGAAUUCGUUUCCAAGAAAGAAAAUGAAAUAAAAGAACAAACUAAAUAUACUCCUAAAAAAAUAACAACAGAGGAGGAACAUUUUCACCCUAAAUUACUUAAAUUAAAGGUCAAUCAAACCAAAAUCACGGCUUAUUUAGAAGAUAAAAGAGAAAUAAGUCUUCCCGUUGAUGAAUUGGCUAAAAAGUGA